AUGGCUCUUAUCAUAUCUGCUGGAAUUCUGACUCCAAUUGGAUUGGAAGAGACUGUUGUGGCUGGGUCUUUCGUCAAUGCGAAAUUUGAAUAUGCCGUGGACCCAACCCCUUUUGGAACUGAGACUCCGCCUAGGGACCUAUAUAUUUUAUCUCGUACCUGCGCGGGCGGUCUUGUUCCAUGUCCGGGAGUAGAGCCGUCCGAUUUUGCGUUAAUCCAACAAGGUGGCAACUUACCGAAUAUCACGCUUUUCGACAACUAUGUCUUGCCAAACAUCACCGAUUGCUUCGCAAGUGGUUUCAGAAGCGUAGGUGAUCUCAGAACAAGCCCAUUCGAGAUUCAAUACCGGCAAUAUCAGAUGGUCUCCAUCGAUGAGGAAUCUAUGGACCUGGAAAAUAACAGGGAGGAUGCAAAGAAUAAAGCAACCAAUACCACGGGAAAAUUUGAAAUCCUGGAGAAAUUAGUCCUUCUCGACAAAAUAGUGGUCCGAGAAGGGAUUGUUGCUGAUCUUGUCAAUGGUGGCGUUGGAUUCCGAAACCACACUGUACCCAGCACGCCUCGCAUGAGACACGGCGCCCAGUGGACCGAAGAUAUCCUCUGGCUUGAACCAGUUACGGCAUGUGUCGAUACGAACUGGUCCGUUCAACAUAGACAACGUUCAGCGCCAUUUUCAACACACAAUCCACUCUGGUCAUCCGACUUGUCGCUAGUGAAUCGGGGUGGAGGGAUCGUUCCGACUCAAAUUCCAGAUUCUAAAUUAAUCAAUCCGCCUUCUCAGUCAGAUCCCGAGCUUCAGUCGAGGGCACUCUUAGCAAAGUCUUUAUUCAAUUACCGCUUAUCAGAAUUCCUGAAACUCUCACGCUCGAAUGCAACUUUUGGUUCCAGAUACGAUUUCCUGGAUUGGCGCAUGUGGGCCGGGAUGCAAUUUUGGGAUUUUGAUGGUCGUAAGGGUUUGACACUGGGUCCUAUGGAGGAUCCUAGUCUCGCGCCAGAUACUAGAUGGGAGCCUCCUGAUAAGAUUGAGCUCGAUUCAACUCAGUUCAACCUUGCUUCCUUCGACGUACAAGCCUUUCAAGAAUAUUAUUCUUCAAGGUAUUCCCCAUGGGAUCCGGCAGCCAGCUCACCGGAUGUAAGUAUAGAAGAUGCCUAUAUUGACCUUGUCCUCGUCCGUUGCGGAUUCCUCCUCACACCACCAGCCCCUACAAUUGAAGCGAGUGAAUACAGUUUUCAGUCUCUAUAUGUUUGUGCCAGUACUGUUCGUGCAACGGUAAAGGAAGUUUCAUUUCAGUACAAGCAAACUUCAGAACGGCCGUCACUGAGCGACCUAUCAGUAAGUCAUGUUUCCCCCAAGAACUACUCUAGCAGGACUUCGAAACCACUUUGGGCGGUCGAGAAGCUUGAAAAAAAAUGGAAUGUCUCCUCAAUCCAACCACUUUGGGGCAUCGUGGACGGUAAUGCCUCCGAAAGUUCGUCAAAUUUCAGGACGGUUGAAAAAGAGAGCUUGUACUUGCCAGAUUUCCAAAUUAAUGAUAGCAGGUAUCAGGGGUGGGGCGAUACCAUGGCUGCAUCGAAAGGGCCGGGAAUGUUUCUUGACUUCGUGUACAACGUUCAUGACGCCCUAGAGUAUCAUGCAAGAGACAUCGACUACCAAGGCACAGAGAAUGCUCAAAUGCUCGCAAAAUGGCGCGAGCUCUCAGCUUCACCUGAGACAGCCGCGAAGAUUCCCAAUCUCAUAUGGACUGACCUUGCUGCGAAUAUGCUUGUCGGCACCAAGUCCCUCCUGUCAGCCUUUCCCAAUGCACAAUUCCAUCAGGUGCGCAGCAACAAGCGAAGAAUCUUUUUCGACUACGCCUGGGCCGUUCCCGCACUCAUUUGCGCAGCUAUCUGGAUACUUUGCGCCGUCUUGUGUCUCUUAUUGUGCCUUUUCCCCAAGUCUCGUUCACGAAUGAGGCUCUCGAGGCUGAGAGUCUUGAUUAAUCAACUCUCCGUUGGCCGAGCAUUGGUCGUUGCAGAGAAAUCCAAUGCGGUUGACUUCAGAGGUUCAACAAAAGAGUGGCUAGCCGCGGCUGGUCGGAAGAUGAUCUAUCUUCCCACGCUCGAGGGCUCUGUUGAUGAUGGAAUAGAGCUAGGCUCUCGUCCUGCGAGAGGUGAAUGUAGCAGGGAAGGCGGCGCCUGGAUGGACCAGCCGAGACGUUUGGCUACGACCAGAUCCCGACGUGCAUCGUUUUAA